CAUUCACGUGGAGCAAAAAAGGCGGUUCCUUCCCAUAUUUCUCUUUUUAGUUUAUUAUUUAUUAAGUUCAUUAUUCAUCUUCAAUGUCAGAUCUUUUGUUUACUUUUCAAGAAAUGGGAUCCCAUCUAUGUGUUUAUUAUUAAUAGGUAUAUCAUUUCAAGAUUCAUCCAUCUUGGUCCCUAUUCUCUUCAAUUCUAGUUUCCUCUUUUGUUUUGUCAUUUAAAAGAUUCAUCCAUCUUCAAUCUUGAACAUUGAUUUCUGUUUCCAGCUCAACUUUAAAGCUAUGGCUUUUAUGCAUUGAGGGGGGUAGGAUUAAGAGAAACAAAAAAGGCUGUUUAUAAUGUCUGCAAUCAGAUUAGAUGCAUCAAAUCUCUUACUUCUACCUUCUCACAUACCUUUCAAAGUUUCAAACAUCUUGGUAAAUUUUCAUUCUUCAUUGCAUCAAUAAUACUAUGACAGCGAUGAAAAGAAGCAGAGAAGACGAUAGGCAAGUGGAAGCAGAGGCCAUGGCUAACUGCGCCUUAAUGCUUUUGUCUCGUUUAAACACCAACAACACUUCUUUAUUAUCAAUAACAUAUCAUCAUCACAAUGAUUUUGAAUGCAAGACUUGCAAUAAACGCUUCCCUUCUUUCCAAGCCCUUGGUGGUCACUGUGCAAGUCAUAAAAGGCCAAGAUUACUUGCCGGUGCCAGAGAUUUUCUUGUACAAUCCAAAAAGAAUAAGAUGCAUAAAUGUUCUAUUUGGGGAAUGGAGUUUUCUUUGGGUCAAACCUUAGGUGGCCACAUGAGACGUCACCGUGAUGAAAUUAAUAAAAUGUUGAUCAUGAUACCGGUUUUGAAGAAGUCAAACAGUAGCAAGAGAAUUUUUUCCUUGGAUUUAAACUUAACCCCUGAUGAUGAUGUUGAUUUGAAGUUAUGGCCGAUGAAGAAAUUUCCGUCAAUUUCCAAGGCCUUCCAUGUACAAAGACGGAUUUUUAUUUUAAGUUUAUUCAUUAUUUUUAAUUCAUCCGAUAAUUAUUUAUUUUCUUACUAACAUUUUUAUUAAGUCUCAUGCAGGUAUCUGAAGUUAUUUUUUGGAAGAUGACACUCAAAAGAAGUUCAAAUAGCUUCUUAAAUUUUUUGUUUAUAUAUAUAUAUAUUUUACAUUCUUAAAUUAUGCAAUCAUAAAAUAUAGUGAAACUUUACUUUUUAGGGUGUAGGCUAGGGGUAUUUAUUUAUGAUCUGCUUAGGUGAUUUAAAUUUUAUGUGUUUUAGAUAAAUUAAUAUUAGACAGUUAUUAUUUUUGUAGUUAAUAUUCUUAUAGUUAUCAUGUUUCGCUAGAGUUUUAAUUUAGUAGCUUAGCACACUUAAGUAAAUAAAUAGGGUGAUUUGCCUCAAUAUUUAGGUUUUAAAAUGUACUCUCAUAAUUAAUUGAUUAGGUGUACAUACUUAGCUAGUUAAAUUAGUUAACACACCUUGCGUGCAGAAUAAUUUCAUGUCCAUUCCUUACACCUUUUCACAUACUCAAGCUCUUAAGUUCUAGAUAACCUUUUUAAAUAAUUGUUUAUAUCACAUAUGUUUAAAUCUGUUUUUUUUUUCAUUCAAAAGCAAAUCGUUCAUUGUUA